UUGGCCUUAACCUUUUCAAAAGACAAAGAGAACUCUCUUUUUCUCCGUGUCUCUCAUCGGAUCUAACCUAUUGCUCAAGCAUGCAAUUGGCACAAGGUAAAUAAAUGAAGGCUACGGGUUUAUUUGUCUGAACAUAAGAACAAGGACGGCGUUUAUUUGCUCAUUACUGUCAACGCGCAGCUGUAGGUCAAACAAGACAGCUAUCAUUUGUAUAAAGACGGCUCUUCCUUAGAGAGGCCUCCAACACUAUCAUCCCCAGAGGAGCUGUCUUUGUUCCACUUCUUUGUUUCCUCCCUUCUUCAUCUCGAUUUACCUUGUUUUUCUAUAUUGACUCAAAAGCUAGCAGUACUACAAUGAAGUUGGCUGUUAUUGUGUUGCUUGCCGCGGUAUUGCCAAGUAUGGCUGUUGGAGUAGAGUGGUGCCUCUGCGAACAUCCACGUACUAAAACACUCUGCAGCUCGCACUCAUAUCGAGACCCCAGCAAAAUCGUUGGUGUGAUGGUGCGGGAUAGAGGCAUGUGGUACUGCAAUGUCGGCGACGAUGCAUCUGAAUGGUGGGAGCGAUGCAAGGGAUUCCCUUCCUGCACGACAGUAUGAGGAACUCCUGUAAGCCCAUUUAUUCAACGAUAAACUGAGGUUACUUACUUUGUGCAUAUGCAGAUGUAUUUGUUAACUCAGCCUUAGGGGACCACUUAGCGUCGCUAGUGUGUAUGAGCAAGAACGCCACCACGCCUAGGGGCCCAACAUGCAAGCUACAAACCCGCUUUGAUAUGCACAAUAAAGGAAGUAGUUUGUUUUUUUUACUAAUGUCAAUUUGUUUGGUGGACUUUAUUUCCCAUGGGCCUUAUGUACCAUGUUUUAUUGCAACUUAGAUUUUCACAAAUAUCUUUUUGCCGCGUGGAAUCCCAAAUCUGGAGAAUUAUUUGCCAUGGGCAUCAGGUCUGGUUGUGGUAGUUUCUAGACGAGGCCUCAAUUGGCGAACUUGCCUAUGACUACAAAAAGGCUUUGCAUAAAUAUCCCCCUAACUGUGGAUCUACAGAAUAUCC